AUGGCAGAGGUUGAUGAUCCACAAGACAUAGCUGAUCGCGAACGAAUCUUCAAACGUUUUGAUGAAAAUGGUGAUGGACAAAUCUCUUCAACAGAACUUGGAGAGACCUUGCAGGCCUUAGGUUCUGUUACUCCUGAAGAAGUUAAGUAUAUGAUGGAUGAAAUUGAUACUGAUAAAGAUGGUUUCAUUUCUUUUCAAGAGUUCACAGAUUUUGCCAAAGCCAAUAGAGGCUUGAUUAGGGAUGUUGCUAAAAUUUUCUAG